AUGGCCAAACGGAAGCGCGAAGACUCUGGAACUGGAGACGCGGUCAAGCAUACCCGAGUUAAGAGUUCAGAAGCUCCUCAUUUCCCUUUUCUCCGCCUUCCCGCCGAGUUGAGGAACGUCAUAUACAACUACGUCUUCAGCGGCACCCACCAUGCGAUAUCCAAUUCUGGCUUCAGGUUGACAGCUUGCAACAUGGGUCUACUCCUCGUCUCCCGUCAGGUCCACACAGAAUGCGCUCUGUUGCUGUACAAGUUGUCCACCUUAUCAUUCAGUUUCACGGGGCCCCAUUCGUAG